GAAUGAGUAUGUUUUAUUUGUAUGAGAGUAAGUGUGUACAUAUGCAUGUAAGAUAUAUGUGUUUGCAUAAUCGUGCAGGUAUAUGUUUGCGUAUGUAUGUAUAUUUAUUUAUCACUGUCUAUGUGUGUUCCAAGUUUAUUGUAGGUGUUAUUCUACAAUGUAAGGAAACUGUCUCUGAGGGCGAUCUGGAGGUUUUGACCUUUGCGCAGGUGUACCUAAUAAAGUGUCUUUGUUUGGUGCGUGUGUCAUUCUAUCUGCAAGUUGAAGAUCCAAUGUCCCUCUCAACUUCCUCCUAUCCGAGAAAUCGCAAAAAGCCGCCACCUGACCAGGGCUCAGGAAAUCUGUAGAGACUCCUCCCACCCCCACCGAGGACUGUUUUCACUGCUGGACUCAAGAAAGAUGUUCCGCAGCCUCCGUAGCAGAACCUCCAGAUGCUGACGGCACAGCGGUGUUGCAACUGCUGACAGGCGGCUGACUAACCAUGGAAAGAGAAGGCUCCUUAAGGAGGAUUUCGAGGAGUCUCCACAGCAGGUUGAGGCUGGCCGGUGGCUCGUCUUCCAGCUUGACUGACCUCUCAAAGACACCUUGGGGAGGAGGCGCAGUGGAGAAAGUGGUGGCGGAGGAGAGCAGCAAAGGAACCCAGCAGAGAAGAGCUGGGGCCAAUGCCACAUGGAACAGCAUCCACAAUGCAGUCAUCUCUGUGUUCCAGAAGAAGGAUCUGGGAGAGAAUGAGCUCUUCAUUUUGAAUGAAGGUGUCAGGCAGCUGCUGAAGACAGAGCUGGGCUCCUUCUUCACAGAGUACCUUCAGAAUCAGCUGCUGACCAAAGGCAUGGUCAUACUGAGAGACAAAAUACGCUUUUAUGAAGGUCAGAAGUUGUUGGACUCUCUGGCUGACACUUGGGACUUCUUCUUCUGUGAUGUUUUGUCCAUGCUGCAGGCCAUCUUCUAUCCUGUGCAGGGGAAAGAGCCAUCAGUGCGUCAGCUGGCACUGCUCCACUUUAGGAACACCAUUACCCUUAACCUGAAGCUAGACGAGGCUUUGGCGCGACCUCGAGCACGAGUACCCCCCUCCAUCAUACAGAUGCUCCUCAUACUUCAGGGCGUGCACCAGUCCAAAGGCGUCACAGAUGACUACCUGCGCCUGGAGUCUCUCAUUCAACAAGUGGUCUCGCCAUACCUUGGGACCCAUGGAUUAUAUUCCAAAGAUGGUUUGUCCAAUCAGCACUGUUCUUCAUGUCUGUUAGAGAGGCGUCUUCAGCGUUCUGGACUGUCCAAGUCUGGCAACUCCCCCACGGCGAAGAACCCAGUUGUGCGCUCCAAAAGCUACAAUGUUCCCAUGCUGACCCCUGUCGUGGAGCACGACGUGGACUUGUCGGCGGGCGGGGGCGCUGCUAUCAGACGCCACUCUGUGUGUGAGAUGACAUCCUGCGUGGGGCAGAGCGCCUCUGUGGGUAAUUCCGGCAUUGACCACUCAGGUACCUCGAGUCAGAACACCCAGGUCCAGCAUCUUUCCCACUCCAUUCUUCCCGAGUCCUCCCCUCCAGGCGAUUGCAAGCACUGCACGGGCUCUCUGAUGUCAGACUCCCCCGUGUCCUCCAGAGUUCUGGCUCAGGACACAAGCUCAGGCCCCAGUCCAUCAUCCAGUCCGGAGGUCACAGCAGAUCACCACAUCCCUGAAUCUUUGGACUCAGAACCUGAGCAUGAUGGCAUCUUUCUGAACUUCCCCAAAGCCUGCGAUGGAGGUGCAACACACAGCAGUGUAGCCUGACAGGUGACAAGCCAGUACCUUUUUAGCGUAUUUCGUUAAUCAAGGGAAUCAGCAAAUAAUCCUGCAGGCAUGAGGAUAAAAUAUUAACAGUAUUUAUUAAACUGAACAGCUAGAAAGUAUUGCAAACAGUGCCACCUAGUGUUCACUCCUAUACCUGAA